CAGAUGGAUGCCUGAAGGAGGCUGUGAUUCUGUGGGAAGCCCACGUUGGAGAAAGUUCCUGGCAGAACCUUGGAGCCCCCCACAUAGGACUCCAUCCAGGAGCAGGUGGAUAUGCCCCAAAGGAAGCUGCCGCCCAUGGAGAGCAAGAUCCUGGCAGGAACAGUCACCCAUGGAUGACCCAUGCUGGAGUAGUUUUUGCUGAAGUACUGUACCUUGGAGAGAGGACUCGCACUGGAACAGGGGACAAACGUGAAGAGGAAGGAGAGCAGAAAUUAAGUGUUGACCACAACCAUCAUUCUUUAUCCACUCUACACCACUUAUGAGAAAGGAGAUAGACAAGUUGGGAAAGGAGUGAAGUUGAGCCUGGGGAGGUGGUUUUAGUUUUGUCUUUGAUUCUUACCAUCCUACUCUAUUUUUAAUUGUCUAUAAAUUAAAUUCAGCAUCUUCAAAUUUGUUUUCCCCACAACAGUGACUGGUGUUAAAAUUUCAAGAAAUGCUGGGACCUGUUUAAAGAACAUCAUUCACAAAAACUUUUGUGGUAAUUUUUUAAAACUAGAAUGGCCUUGAAAAAAGCACUUAAACUAUUCAAGAAAUUAUUUUUUCACUGGAAACUUUGGAAGUUCAGCAUUAUUGUAUUUGUCUUUCUGGUAUUUUUAUUUUUAUUGCAAAGAGAAGUCGGUGUUCAGGAUUUUAAAGAUGAAACAGGGAUUGAGCCAGUUGUCAGAAAGAAAAGUCAUGUAUUAGGUCUCAUGUUAAAUGCUAUGAACAAUAUCAAAGGUGCAAAGCCCAAAAUGCAGAUAAAAGCACCUGUUAGGCAAACAAAGAUUCCUGGAGAGACACGCUGUUUGCCAGGAUACUAUACUGCUGUGGAACUAAAGCCUUUUCUAGAUCGACCUCUUCAAGAUCCUAAUGCUCCUGGAGCUUCCGGUAAAGCAUUUAAACCCAUCAACUUAAACUCAGAAGAACAGAAAGAAAAACAGCGUGGAGAAGAAAAACAUUGUUUUAAUGCAUUUGCAAGUGAUAGAAUUUCUUUACAUCGAGAUCUUGGACCAGACACUCGACCUCCUGAAUGUAUUGAACAGAAGUUUAAGCGUUGCCCACCAUUGCCAACCACAAGUAUUAUAAUAGUUUUUCAUAAUGAAGCAUGGUCCACUCUGCUCAGAACAGUUCACAGCGUGAUGUAUACAUCUCCUGCCAUCCUGCUGAAGGAGAUUAUUUUGGUAGAUGAUGCCAGUGUAGAUGAAUACUUGCAUGAUAAACUAGAUGAAUACGUGAAACAAUUCCAAAUAGUUAAAGUAGUCCGUCAAAAGGAAAGAAAAGGUCUGAUCACUGCACGGUUGUUGGGAGCUUCAGUGGCAACAGGGGAGACCCUUACCUUUCUGGAUGCUCAUUGUGAAUGCUUUUAUGGCUGGUUAGAGCCAUUAUUGGCAAGAAUAGCUGAGAACCCUGUUGCUGUUGUCAGCCCUGAUAUUACUUCUAUAGAUCUAAACACUUUUGAAUUCAGUAAACCGUCUCCUUACGGACACAGCCACAACAGAGGAAAUUUUGACUGGAGUUUGUCAUUUGGAUGGGAGUCUCUUCCUAAACAUGAAAAUAAAAGAAGAAAAGAUGAAACCUAUCCAAUUAAAACACCUACUUUUGCUGGAGGUCUCUUUUCAAUAUCAAAAGACUACUUUGAACACAUUGGAAGCUAUGAUGAAGAAAUGGAGAUAUGGGGAGGUGAAAAUAUAGAAAUGUCUUUCAGAGUGUGGCAAUGCGGCGGACAGUUGGAGAUCAUGCCUUGCUCUGUUGUUGGCCAUGUCUUUCGCAGCAAGAGUCCCCAUACUUUCCCAAAAGGUACUCAAGUGAUCACACGCAAUCAAGUUCGCCUUGCAGAAGUUUGGAUGGAUGAGUAUAAAGAAAUAUUUUACCGAAGAAACACCGAGGCAGCAAAAAUUGUGAAACAAAAAACGUUUGGGGACAUCUCAAAAAGACUUUAUUUAAGGCAGCAUCUGAAGUGUAAAAAUUUUACCUGGUACCUCAAUAAUGUUUAUCCAGAAGCGUACGUGCCAGACCUGAAUCCUUUGUUUUCUGGAUAUCUGAAAAAUAUUGGGAACCGCAUGUGUCUGGAUGUUGGUGAAAAUAACCAUGGGGGCAAACCAUUGAUUAUGUAUUCUUGUCAUGGACUUGGAGGAAAUCAGUACUUUGAAUAUUCUGCACACCAUGAAAUUCGACAUAACAUACAGAAGGAGCUUUGUCUGCAUGCUUCCAAAGGACCUGUGCAGCUCCGCGAAUGUCACUACAAAGGCCAGAAAACCUUUGCUGUUGGAGAGGAGCAAUGGCUGCACCAAAAGGAUCAAACUCUGUACAAUGCAGCGCUACAUAUGUGCCUUACAGGAAAUGGACCACAUCCAAGUUUGUCAUCCUGUAAUCCUUCAGAUCCCUUCCAGAAGUGGCUCUUUGGCCAGAACAAUUAAGAUCUUCUAUUUCUAGGACAGGAACGUUUUAUUGAAAGAAAAGACCCAUUAUAAACUGUGAUCAUGUAUCUAUGCUGCAUUUUAAGUGAUGCAUAUGUAAAUGCAAAAUGUUUAAACGGUUUCUUAUUCUUCUUAUUCAAGUUGGAUAUAAAAUGUGUCAUCAGAGAUUCCCUAGGAGUCUGUUAUACCAAAGACUAUUGAGAUCUCAAUUAAGAAAAAUGUUUACAAUAUUUCUCUGCUAAGGCUUUAUAUGAUCACCACUGAUUCUUGGGUCCUAUAGUCCUCUUUCAUCUUGGGGACCACAUGUUUUCCACAUACUGUAUUUCUGAAGCAGACUAGUUUUCUCUGUAGAGUUGUGAGACACUUUAUAUUUAUAUUUUUAUGCUCAAUUGGUUUAUUUUUUUUUAUCAUUUACUCAGUGAACUUUUCUCAGUGUUUUUUAAGUUGCUUCACUUGAAAAAUUAAAUAUUUGACCUUCAGGUUAAAGCCAAAUAGGCUACCACACUGUUCAAGGCUUCUAGCAAGUCACUUCUUCUUUCGUAGAAGAAAAAAUAAUUCUUGCUGAAAUAUGUAUGUAUGAUUCUUUUAAUGGAAAAUCUGCUUAUUCUGAUAUUACUCUCCUUUUG